GACAUAAAUGCAUACUGUCCCUUCAGUCUGACAAGCUAAUGGAGCGUGACCAAAUCUUCCGGUGUAAAGCAAAGGCACAUUCAUUAUGAGUUAAUGUGUGCAGAGAGUCAAGUGGGGUAUGCCGGGACGAACAGAACUAGAGACAUCGGCGUUGUGGAAGACACUGUGACGAAACCUCAUGGCGUCAGAAACAAGAGUGGAUUUCUUUCCUUUCUUCCGAAUCCUCAAGGAUGGAAGCGUCCAACGCUGCAUGGGCACGGAUACUGUGCCCCCUGAAAACGGCGGAGUGCCCGUGGCCUCCCAAGACACCACACUGGACGCAACCAAGGGCGUUUAUGUGCGGCUGUAUAUUCCAAACGGGGCCGAAGAAGAAAAGCUUCCGUUGGUGGUCUACAUCCAUGGCGGGGGCUUCUCCAUUGAAUCGGCCGCUUCCCCCACAUACCACAACUAUCUCAAUCUGCUAGCAAAAGAGGCCAAAGUUAUUUGUGUGUCAGUGGACUACAGGCGAGUGCCAGAGCACCGUCUCCCGAUACCCUAUGACGACUGCUUCUGUGCUCUCGAGUGGCUCGACUCGGACACCCUUCAUCCUUCAGUUACUACCAAAGCAGAUCUGGGCAGGUGUUUCAUUGCUGGCGACAGUGCGGGGGCCAAUAUUGUGCACCGAUUGGGUCUUCUGGCCUCUGAGAAAAGCUGGAGGCGCUUGUGCAUCGAGGGCGCGGUAUUAAUUCAUCCCUUCUUUGGUGGAGAAGACAAGAUCCUUGAAUUAGGGCCCGAAUCAAAAGCCAUGGUUGAGUUUGGGGAUGGGCUGUGGAAGUUGUCGUUGCCCGAUGGGGCAGAUAAAGACCACCCUUUCAGUAACCCCAUUGGUCCGCGCUCUCCUCCUCUGUCUUCGCUUGUUUACAGGCGUCUUCUGGUUGUGGUCGCGGGCAAGGAUAUGUUGAAGCACAGGGGAAAAUUGUACUACGAGGCGCUGAGGAAGGCAGGAAAAGAGGCGGAACUUAUGAACGCUGAGGAGGAAGCGCAUGUGUUUCAUCUCAACGACCUUCGGUGCCCUAAUGCUGUGUUGAUGAUGAAGCGCAUUUCUGAUUUCAUUGCCUCUACUCCUGCUAUCCCUUCUUAGUUAGGGGAUUCUGUGACUCCCAGGUUUUUUUCUUUUGUUAUAAGCUGUGCUUGUAUACAGAUCAAUAAGUGUUAUGGCGUUUUCAUAAUGAUUAGAAUAUCUGUUUUUUUGGGGGUUGUUUCCAUAA